CAGGCCUGACGUUGGAGCUGUUGUCAGCAGCUCGCAAGUCAUCGAGGCUGUUCGCGUUGGGUUUCUUUUAUUCUCCUUUUCUUUCUGGAAAUUUAUGAAAAUAUCAGCUGUUCAUUAGAGAUUUUGUUUUUUCAAAAUUGUGCCGAUGGCCGACCCAAAGUACGCCACACUGCCGGGCAUCGCCUCCAAUGAGCCGGACGUGUAUGAGACCAGCGACUUGCCCGAGGACGACCAGGCGCAGUUCGAGUCGGAAGAACUGUGCAGUGACAGCGUGGAGCGCAUUGUGGUCAACCCCAAUGCGGCCUAUGAUAAGUUCAAAGACAAGCGAGUCAGCACUAAGGGCCUUGACUUCUCAGAUCGCAUCAGCAAGACUCGCAGAGUGGGUUAUGAGUCAGGAGAAUUUGAGAUUCUGGGAGAGGGGUGUGGGGUAAAGGAGACUCCACAGCAGAAGUACCAACGGCUUGUUAAUGAGAUUCAGGAGCUGACGGAGGAGGUGGAACGUGUUCAGACAAGUGCAAAAGAGAGCAGUGCAGAGGAGCGCUUGACGCCAGUGGUUCUUGCUCAACAGGCAGCGCAGCUCAAACAGCAGCUGGUCUCAGCCCACCUGGACUCAUUGUUGGGCCCAAAUGCCCACAUUAACCUGGCUGACCCAGAUGGAGCUCUUGCCAAGCGAUUAAUGACUCAACUUGAGGUGGCACGAGGCAUGCGUAUUACUUCAGGAGCAGAUGGAAAGGCAACAGGACCCAAAGGCCCAGACGGAGUUGUGCUUUAUGAACUUCACAGCCGCCCUGAGCAACAGAAAUUUACUGAAUCUGCCAAGAUAGCAGAGCUGGAAAAAAGGUUGGCGGAGCUGGAGACUGCUGUCGGCUCAGGAUCUGAUAAGCAGGGUCCUCUCAGUGCAGGACUUCAGGGAGCCAGUUUAAUGGAUACUAUGGAGCUUCUGCAGGCUCGAGUCAGUGCACUGGAUGCUGCCACUCUGGACCAGGUUGAAGCCAGACUGCAGAGCGUUUUGGGAAAGAUGAAUGAAAUAGCAAAGCACAAGGCAGCAAUUGAAGAUGCUGAAACACAAACCAAGGUGGUACAACUGUAUGAUAUGGUGCAAAAAUGGGAUGCCAUGGCCACCUCCCUUCCUCAAGUGGUCCAGAGACUGAUAGCUGUUAAAGAGCUGCACGAGCAAGCCAUGCAGUUUGGGCAGCUUCUGGCUCAUCUGGACACCACUCAGCAGAUGAUAAACAAUGCACUAAAGGACAACAGCACACUGCUUACACAGGUGCAGCAGACCAUGAAGGAGAAUCUGGUUUCAGUGGAGGAGAACUUUGCUGCACUGGAUCAGAGGAUGAAGAAACUCUCCAAAUAAAAGAUUUUUUCCUUAUAAAGACGACAUGGAAAAGUUUCAUUUCAUACAUUUUAAAUAUUGCGCUUCAACUUUCUUUUAAUCCUUUUCUUCAACUACACUAAAUAGUGGAAAUAAAGUUGGAAACUAAAGGUGUAGUUGAAGAUUCGAGACCAAAAGUCCCCGAACACUACAAGUAGCUAUUUUUGUUCGUCUGUGUAGAGUUAGCAUUUAUGCUACAUGAACUUAACCACUUACCUGAAUAUUCCACGCCAACUGCUGACGAAGUUUUAAAAGAAUCAAUUUCACGUUUAAAACUGAGUUCUCCAGCCAUUUUGAACCAAAUACGAACGAUAUGAACAUGUUCGUUUUAUGCAGUAAUACAAUUUUUCGGGUAAAACGCUUCUGUGUUGGUUCACUUUCUGUGAACAGUAGUCAGACAUGAAUAAAUAAAACGCACACAGAAAAGCCACUGCCGCCUGCUAACCGCGUCAAUACUGUAUUUAUACACCUUACCUUACCAGUGCUGUUAUUGUGUUAUGACCGAAGUGACUCCAUUUCUUUUGCUUUUGUCAUAUGCAUAUGAAACGAUUUACAAUAGUCCUUCUCAAGUUGAGAGAAUAAAUUUAACGAGCUUUGAAAA